CACGAACUUUUAAUGAAUUAAUACUACUAUAUAAUGAAAACAACUUUGGCGAAAAUCUUAACUUUGAUAAUUUUGACAAUAGUACUGCUACUAGCAAAGAUUCUAAUAAUGAGCAAGAUAUGACUAAUAAUACUAAAUUAGAAAAAUCUAAAUAUAAUCAUGAAAAAUAUAUAGUUUGUAUAUGGUGUAUUGAUGCAAAAUAUAAUAAUAUUUUCGUAAUAGGUACUCAGUAUUUUAGAGAACAAUAUCUUCAACAGUAUAUAGAACAAUCUGAUCAUAAAACAGUUGUAUAUGCACAUAGUAAAAAUCAAGUUAAUAUUAUAUCUAGUAUACAUCAAUAUACUGAAUCUAAUCAAUUACAAAUAAUGAGAAAAAUGAUGAAUAUUUACUUUCUUGUAAAGCAUAAUAUUGCUACACUUAAUUUUGAGAAUCUAUGUCUUCUUAUUGAGUUACAAAUUCAAAAUUCUAAUAAAAAUAUUAUUCUGGAUGGUGCAAAUUUUCUAAAUUCACCUAAACCAAUAACUACAAUACAAUCUAUAUGUAGUGAAUAUAGAUCUUAUAUUAAUGAUUAUACUGCAAGACAAUUUAUUUUAGCAAUUGCACUUUUUUGUUAUUUGGGUAUUAUUAAACUUCAGAGCAUAUCAUCAAAUGCAAUUCUUAAUGAUUUAGAGCAGUUUAUUCUUGCUAAACAUUUACCUCAUGAAACACUUUAUCAUUUUGGAAGUGAUGGACAUGUAAAUGGAAUAGCAACACAAUUAAAAACUCAUUUUCUAUUUCUUACUGAACAUCAUUGUAUAAGUCAUCACUUAGCACUUGCUUCUAAAGAUGCUGCUGAGCAAACUCCAUACUUUGAAACUUAUGAUGAAAUUAUUCAGUCUAAUUUAGAUAUUUUACAAGUUAUUAAAACCCAAUGGCUUUCAUUAAGCAAUGUUGUUAAUAAUCUUUAUCAAAUUAUUAAUUCAGUAAUUACUGAUAUUCUUUCACAACUUCAUCAUCUAUCUUUAGUUUUUCAAGCUGAUUAUAUUUCAGUCUCAGAAGUUACAAUACAAGUAAAUACAGUUAUUGAAUCUAUUACAGCUGAUUUUAUUAGUGAAGCAAAUAUACAAUCUACUUUUGGGACUAUACUAUUACAGUUUAUGAAUCAGCAAAAUAUUUUACCUCAUGAUCUUCCUUUAUUUGUACAAGAAUUUACUAUAAAUAUAGUUAAAAAUAUUAAGCUUCGCUUUUCAGAUC